AUUGGCUGAACGAAGAACUCUGGUGUAUUUUGUGGCUUAUAUUUUUAGCAGCGGAGGUCGGACUCGUAUUGCAUCGCGCGUGGUUCAUCUGCAGUGCUGCUGCGCUGGAGAACCGCAGUGUGUUGCGCGGUGAACGCUCGAGCUCCGCAUACGUGCCCCCUGCAAUAGCGAAUGAUCUCAAGAAAACACGCAGUUCUGUCUGUUCGCGGAGCGCUGGAUAUCUCAUCUAGGCUUUCUUGUUAUUUUUUUUGGAAAUGGCCAGUCCCGGAGACGAUUCGGCUUCAAGUGCCCAGCUGGAUCAAGCUGAGUCUGCUGACGCUACGCCAGAACCAGCCUUUCGAGAGGCUCAAAAAUGGAUCGAGGCAGUGACAGGAAGAAGUUUUGGUGAUAAGGAUUUCAGAAGCGGCCUGGAGAACGGCAUUCUGCUCUGCGAGUUGCUGAGUUCAAUCAAACCAGGCCUUGUGAAAAAGAUCAACAGACUUCCAGCACCCAUUGCAGGACUGGAUAAUCUGACCAUGUUUCUGAGAGGAUGCGAAGAGCUGGGAUUGAAGGGAUCACAGCUGUUCGAUCCUGGAGACCUGCAGGAUACAUCGAUACGAGCGAACUUAACGGGCUCUGACUGUAGUAGAAAGCUGAAGAAUGUGCUCAUAACCAUAUACUGGCUUGGUAAAGCUGCUAACAGCUGUGCAAUGUAUAACGGCCCCACACUCGACCUGAAAGAGUUUGAGGGGCUUCUUUCCAUGAUGCGAAAGGAGUGUGUAAGUGAAGAAUUAGAGUCCCCUAAGCGCAGUAUAAGGGACAGCGGUUACAUCGACAGCUGGGAAUCGGAGCGUUCUGAUUCGCUGUCUCCUCCGAGGCACGGUCGUGAAGAUUCGUUUGACAGUCUCGACUCGUUUGGCUCACGAUCACAGAACACACCCUCACCAGACACAGUCAUUCGCUGCAACAGUGAUGACUCUGAAGGGCACGCUGGUCAAAGGAAGUUGCCAGACGUGCGCAAGGAUGACAUGUCUGCCCGUCGCGUGUCCUACAAAGAGCCUCGCGCAGCUCUUCCCUUUAAUCAGUAUCUGCCGAACAAAAGCAACCAAACCAACUACAUUCCUGCACCCCUGAGGAAGAGGAGGAGCGAGAGAGAGGAAGACUGGAGGAGCCUGAGCAACUCAACAUCUCCUGUAGGAGAAAGACCUCUCAGACAAGAGCAUGUAGAAGUAUUAAAAGAGGGGGCUGUCGAAUCUCGCAGCCUUGCGCUCCAGAAAAAUUUCACCUGGGCGGAUGAGAAAGGGGUAGAGCUUGAGGAGGCAGAGCUUAAGAAAAUGAGGAAGCUGGAAAAGGCGGGAAUUAAAGUAUUACCUGCCUCUGUGCGAUAUCACAGUCCAAUUGUGAAUCCUGUGGAGGCCAGUAAAGCCAAACCACCCUCACCGGACAUCAUUCUCCGACGUGACAAUGAGUUCAUGCGGGCCGCCGCUCCACAUCAGUGGGACUCAAAUGAGGAAGAUGAGGACGAAGAAGCAGAACAGAAGGUUCCAGAUGUCCAGAAAGAUGAUCUUGCUUCUCGCAGAGCACGCAUGAAUCAAUUUAAACCCAGUGUGGCGCAUCACUUCCUGCCAGGCUCUUGUAGCUGGAAGGACCGAGAAAAAUGGGAGGGAAUCAGGCUGGCAUCCCAACAUGCCGUGUUGGAGAGGAUGGAGAAGAUGGCACAGGAGAAAAGAAGUCAGGCUGACUCCGCCUCCCCUGAGGUGUCAAUCAUAACUCGUAAGGACAACCCUUUCCUGAAUCCUGAAAAAGACAGGGGAAAAGAGAGGGAUAAGGAAGAUAAGAAAGAGGUAGAGGGGAAGAUAGUUGUCCCAAACCCACUCAAAGAUGAUCUUGCAAGAAGGCGGACUGGGGGAGGGCCACGCCCUCCCAAAGAUGCUCAUCAGUCAUUGGUCCAGACUUCCAUCACUCAGUCAGACCUGGAGACAUGGCAGAGACUCAAGAUUAAUACAGAUAGCAGUGAGUCUGACUCCACCGGUGCUGAAGUGUCAAUCAUAAAUCGCAAGGACAACCCCUUCCUGACCUCUGAGAAAGACAGUGAGUGUAAGCAGGAGAAUGAGGAGGGAACAGACAGAGAGAAAGGGGCGAGGGUGGUGAUGCCUGAUUUAAAGACAGACGACCUGGCCAGAAGGCGGGGCCAAAAUGGGCCUGUCCCACAGAGGGACCCCUGUCAGUCAUUGGCUCAAACUACCAUCAAUCAGACGGACCUGGAGAAAUGGCAGAGGCUCAAGAUGAAUACAGAGAGCAGCGAUGACCCUAUUGUCCCUCUGUGUCAGACGUGUCUUGAGAAAGGCUGCCACUCUGUUGCCUCCAAGAUGAAGGUUGCCAAGAAUGACCUGGCCAGUUGCCAAGAACGUUCCUCCGGUGAACGGAAGCGUUUUGUGACUUUUGGGGGUGUGACAGAUAUGGAAAGUACUUCCUGGAAAGAGGAAGAGGAUGAGGAAGGGGAAGAGGGACAGGGGGACGAGGCAGGGAAGCUUCGAUAUCUCCUCUCGAUGGCACCUGUUGCUGUGCCCACCAUAGGGCUGGGCUCCAGGCUGACAAAGAGAGCAGCUGGCAGUGGAGAUGCAAACCCUGAGCCUGCUCCUAUCAUGCCCCCUGAACUUCCAAACCCUUUUAUGUCUGACCUUAAAUGGCCUUUGACCUCCACCGAGCACAGGGUGCUGGAAGAGGAACUGGCUGAGAAAGUGAAGGAUGAGAGGGAGGAUGAUGAAGAGGAUGAAGAAGAGAGGCAACCGGAUGUAGAAAAGGAUGACAUGCUAGCUCGUAGAACAGGAGCGUUUCAGAAGCCAGCUAAUGGGACUUCACAUAACCGAUUCCUCCCGCAGCCGGGUUCAAAGAGAGACAGUGCUACAGGGGCUUCCUUAGCCCAGAAAGGAAGUAUUCAGAUGGGCACGAGUGGAGACAGAGACUUCCAAUGCCUGGAAAGAAACAUUAAGACAAAGAGAACCAAGAUUGGACAAAGAAAUGAACCAGUCGACCAAGUACCAAAGACACCCGUUCCAGUUGCUGUAGUAACAGAAAAGUGCCCUGACAUUGUACGUUUUUCUGCAACUAAGGCCAAUCGCCCUGGCAUUUACACUGGUGAUGAGGAAUGUGGGGAUGACGAUCAAUUGGCAGAUUUUGAGAAAGAUGACAUGCUUGCUCAAAGGACUGGAUCUUACCAAAAGCCAGGACAGGAUUUUAAUGCUUUUUUGCCCAAACCUGUUGCUGUCAAACAUAAAAUCACCCCUGUCUGUGGAUCGCAGUCACACGUCAAGCCUAGAGAGCAAGAGACACCCCCAUCUCUGGACAGCUUCGCCCUUAGCUCUGUGGCCCCACCCCCAAGGGAUGCUGAGGACACGCCUAGGAAGUGCCCUCAGAUGAUGGACAGGCAGGAGGCGGGCUCUGUGGGUGUGCUGGGACAUGAAAGUCUUAUUAAAGAUGAGCCUAUUACCAAAAGCCCCUCCCCCAAACCUCACCAACCCUCACGUCGCCCCCUUUGGCAGGAAGAUGAUGAUCUCCCCCCAAUAUUCAGAGCUACUAGUGUUUCUGAAACGGAGAGUGUGAGCUUGAUUGACAUGCGUGAUGAAGAGGAUGAGCUGGCCUACCUUCAGCCGCACAGCCAAUCACGACAUGAGAACCUACACAACCAGUACAACAAACUCCGAGAGGAGGAGGACCAGUGGCAGGACGACUUGGCUCGCUGGAAGAAUCGGAGGCGAAGUGCAUCUCAAGAUUUGAUCAAAAAGGAAGAAGAGAGGAAGAUGAUGGAGAAGCUAAUGUCAACAGAUGGAGGACCCGGCCAUCGCCGGAAGAGCAUCAAGACAUACAGAGAAAUCGUUGAGGAGAAAGAACGUAGGGAACAGGAGCUACAUGAACAAUACUGUAAGGCCUCCACUCCAGAAGAAAAGGCAGCUGUGCUUCAACGCUAUGCUCUCCGUUUCACCAUCAGUGAUGCCAUACUGGAGAAACUCCAGCUCCCCAAGCUGCCUUCUGCGGCUUCACCGAUGCACACGUCACCUCUCCAUCAGCCUGAGAAGAAGCUGACAUGCACCGCCUUAGCAGAAGCAGAGGAUCUAAAGCCUGAACUAACUACCCAAACACACCACAGUGUCCAUGUAGACCAGAAGACUGCACAAAAACAGGUACAGGCACAGCCCGAAACCCCCGAGCCAUCAUCUGAUGAGACCACAAACGCUCCAAAAGUCCUGUUAGUGCCUACACAAGUUCCUCCUGUCCCCUCAAAGCCUGUAUCCCUGAUCACCCCAAAACCCUACAGCCAGCCCAAAUUCAGCCAAGGCCUCCGCAAAUCAAUAAAGAGCGAUGGGCUGAUACGUGUGAACGGUGACGGGACUCUGCAAGAGAACAGAGAGAGGGACGAUAAAGAUUCUGUGUCGUGUCCUCAAGUCGACUUAUCUUCCUCACCUCCAAAUCCAGUUACUCAAAGUCAACUAAAUGAGGAGCUUAUUGCUUUAGAAGCCUCAGACCACCAGCAAAGCUCACAGACAACCGUUUCUGACCAGGAGAAAGAAGCCGGAAAGAAGGAAAAAGAGUGUUCUCUUAGUCCUGAUGAAGUGAAUAACAAAGACAUCUCAACUACACCAUCGCUGUCAGAACCAGAAGGAAAGCAGCCAGGGCCUGACACAGUGAUGAAGCGCAACUGUGUGGUUACAACAACCAUAGUGACAGAACUCACUCAGACACAGUCCGUCCCACCAAAUGACACGUCCAGCACAGAGCAGUUUGAUUCAGACUGUAAUUCAUGUGAUCUGAGCUCAGCUGCCGAGUCCACCAAGGCUGAGCAGACUUCACACUCACUCUCACUGACAGAGUCCUCACAUUCCUCUAGUAGCUCUAGGUUACGCUGGGAGUUCUUCGCUCCGACAGGUACUUUGAAGUACUUGUGCUCAUACAAGUUGGAACAGUGUAGGUGCACCCUGCCUUCUUACCUUCCUUUCCUUUUUCCCGUUCUUUUUCUCUGUGUGUUUUUGUGUGUGUGUGUGUGUGUGUGUGUGUGUUUGUUUUUGUGUGUGUGUGUGUGUGUUUGUUUUUGUGUGGGUGUGUUUGUUUGUUUUUGUUUGUGUUUGUGUGUGUGUGUGAAUCAGAUUGAAACCCCAAUGUUGAACCUUGCAAAAAGGGUUGACCACUGGACAUGGGAUCCUAAUGAAGAGCGUAGACGGCAGGAGAAGUGGCAACAGGAGCAGGAACGUCUGCUGCAGGAGAAAUAUCAGCGAGAGCAGGAGAAGCUGAAGGAGGAGUGGGAGAGAGCGCAGAGAGAAGUGGAAGAGGAGGAGAGGAGACACCAUGAAGAGGAAAGACAGAUACUGGAGGAAACCGUGACCCCACUGACCCCUCACACCUCAGGUUUAUCAUCCAGUAUGGUGACAGAAGCUCCGCCCCUCACCCAGCCCUCGGCCCCAUGUGACACCGUUGUCCUCUCCUUGGCUGACUGGGAAAGGAAACAGGAAGUGCUGGAGAAGCAGGCGAACCAGAGUAACAGACACAGCCCUGAUCAAGUAAACACAGCAGCUCAGCAGAACGGUCAGAGAACUGAGUCUCAGGAGAGCCAAACAGCUACACCACAACUGCAGUUUAUACAGGAUGGCUCUUGGAGCCGUAAGACUAAAGAAAGGCAAGAGGAUUUGAAGAAAACUGCUUCACUGGAUCGUAAACAGAGUCCACCCCAGAGCCAGACCACAAAGAUGAGGAGGACUGGGUCGUGUGAAUAUGUUUUAGGGACACACCCAUCAAAAUCACCCACACCUUCACAAGACACACCACCUCCAUCACCCAGCAGGUCAGUCAGUGGAAAGAAGCUUUGCUCCAGUUGUGCACAUCCGUUGGGUAAAGGAGCAGCCAUGAUCAUUGAAAGCUUGGGGUUGUACUUCCAUAUUCAGUGUUUUAAGUGUGGCAUAUGUAAAGGGUUACUGGGCGACUCAAGUGCUGGAACUGAUGUCAGAAUUCGAAAUGGACUUCUUAAUUGUCAAGAAUGCUACAUAAAAUCAAGGGCUGCUGGCCAGCCAACAACAUUGUGAUGCCUCUGCACUUCUCACAACUGAAAUAUUAAACCAUCCCAGGAACAUAACCAACAACAAAAAUGUUUAUUCAAUGUUUCCAACAGUUUUCCUUACAGCACAAUCAAGCACAGAUGAUGGCUUUUCCUCUGGACUUUAUUUGACUGUUU